GCAGAUCAUGUCCACUUCAUACAUACAAUGUAAAUAUUAUUCUGAUGUGGAGGGAUGCAAUUCUCGGAAAUCUAUGCCAUAAAUAGUCGUUCGACUCUGAAAUUCUCAGAUCCUAUGCCUAUCAGAAAUUCACCAGAAUAAGUUGCAUAAGAGCUAUUUAUCGCCAUGCCACUGGCCGGAUCUUGAUUUGUGGAGAAAGUUGGGCAAGAGAAGAAAUUUUUGAAGAAUCAAAUAUUUUUGUCUAUCACUUUCCUUUCUCACUCUACCGACCAGGUCCACUUAAGAAUCUUACCGACUCCCUACAAAAUUUUUUUGUGUAAUCUGAUUAGUCAAAAUCUGCAAAAUGAACUGUGUGAAAAGUCCUGCUGCUUUCACCAACCCGAACGCAUCUUCUCUAGGCACCCCAGAACCGCAUUACAUUCCUGGAUACGUUGGGUAUGUUCCUCAGGCUAAGUAUCGUCCCGGAAAUACUUAUGGAACAACAAGUCAUCGGGUCCUGAUCGACCCUUGCAUUCAUAUGAGCCCUCGUUCCGUCCUGAACAAUAUUCAUCCCGAGCAUUGCACCGACGAAUUCGGUCGUCCGGGAUUGGGGACAGACCCAUUUCUUUCCUCGCAAAUGGCAUUAGUCAACAGUCGAGUAAACAGCUUAGGUCGUCAACAGUAUCAGCCCAAUAUGACUCCAGGAUACACAGGAUUUGUCCCUCGGUUCCAAACCAUCCUCGGGAAUACGUACUCUCCGGCGUGUAACCGAGCACUUGCACGUUUCGAGCAGGAUCAAUGGCGAGACCGGCUUUUCACCAAGGAACUUGAAGCCCUCGACGGAUGGCGAUUCUGCUACAAGUCCAAACCCUGGGAGACGAACGAAGUCACUCGACCUGGGAACAAUGACCUCCAAGAAUUUGCUCGUCCUCCUCCCCGAUCUCAAGCCAGUGGAUGCGGAUGCUCAGGUGGAAGUAGCAGUGGUGGGUUCGAUGGUCCCAUUUCUCCUGCAGUCACUGGACGGAGGUCUGGUCCAGGUGGAUGUGGAAAUCCCCAGGACUUUAGCAUUUUGUCGUCUGGAAGAUCAGUUUGCGACUAUUCUCAACGCAGAAUGUGGGCUGCAGCAAAUGAACCGAGACUCAAGUCAAGUGUGACCUGCGGAAAUGUCAUUCCAAAACUCAAUUCCCACCGUCGAACAAGUUCGCCAACCGGAAGAGUUCAGACCAUCUACCAACAUUGUGAAGGUCUUAUUCCAUACUAUGGAGGUCACGCCCCCGGUGAACAGUUUCGAAUUGGAGUGACGUACGGGACGGCUACGCGAAAUGCCAAAAGCGCAAUUCAACCCGCUAUGCUCAAGCCACUCUGCUAUCCACUUAAAUUAUGAGUACAUAUUUGGAUUUAACUCGCAAAUUAUUUACAAACUAACCU